UUUCGUGUAAUUAUAUGCAAUUAACUAUUGAAUUUUUGGUCAAGCCUGGAGAGAGAGCACAACACAGAGCAGGGAUUUGGUGAGAGAGAGGAGAGAGAGAGAGAGAACAGAUUUAGGGAGCGAGGAGCAUGAAGCCAUGAAAUUUUUGUAGAGAGAGAGGAAAUGGGGGAGAGAGAGGGGCAAGUGGUGGGGAAAGGAUCAGAGAGAUGGAAAGCGGCGCUCGUGAAUGUUGGAGAGAUGAGCGCAACACUCGACUCUCUCCAGAAGCUUUUGCUCACAAAAGCUGUGUAUUUGGAUGAAGAGGCGUUUGCUCAGGCUUCCAUCAAUGCUGACCAAACUCGCACAAUCAAGGCACUUGAACAAAGGGUUGCAACUUUGGAAAAAGAACUUGAUUCUGCUAUCACAGCAGCAGCCCGGGCUCGCUCAGAAAAAAGACUGGCUGAGGCUGGACAGCGAGCUGCGGAGUUACGUGCACAAGAAGUCAUGAGGGAGCUUGAGAACACCAAGGUUUUCAAACUACACAUGGAAGAGUUGAGGUUAAAACAAGAGGAGAUCUCAAAGAGAGACAGUGACAUCAAGGUUUUGGAAGCCAUAAUUCAGACACUUGGUGGCAAGGAAUGCAUGUCUUAGCUUACCCUUGAUUAACACGUCAAUUCACGCUUCCACAGCUUGCAGUCCGUGAGAAUUAUGUUGAAGCCAAGGGCUAAAUUAAUUGAACCACAAGCCAAUUGCCCUUUAGCUGAUGGGUUUAGCGCAAAUUAUGAGAUAAUUGUAUCCGGUUCGUGUUAAUGUGAAAUAAGUAACCUUUUGUGGUCGUAGCUGUGUAUAGGUUUUUUUUUUUUUCUCUUUUGCCUUCUCAUAUAUUCUUUUGUUUUAAAAUCAACAAUGAGUAGAUGUAUGUUAUGUUUUUUAAAUGUAUGAUUUUCAUUAAAUUCACA